CCGCGAGGGAGGGAGGGAGUGCUGGCGGGAGGAAGCAAGCGGGCGGGCGGGCAGGCGGGCGGCCGAGCCAGCGAGCCAGCCAGCCAGCGACCCAGCGAGCGAGAGAGCCGAGUUGCCCCGGGAGGCGGCUAGGCGGGCGGGCAGGCAGGCAGAGCAGCGAAACGGUGCCGACCCUGGCCCAGCCCCGCGCCGGGGAUCGGGGGCGGGGGCAGCUGCGGCCCCGGCGCCGCCCGGGAUCCGUCCGAGAGCGGCCGACUGAGCGUCCACGCCCGCGGCCCGUCCCCGGCCCGGGCCCCCAGGCCCGCCCGCGAUCCCGAUGAAAAAUCGGGUCCGCGCGCCCAUGGCGGUGGCGAUGCCGUGCAAGAGCGCCGAGUGGCUGCAGGAGGAGCUGGAGUCGGGCGGCGGCGCGUCGCUGCUGCUGCUGGACUGCCGGCCGCACGAGCUCUUCGAGUCGUCCCACAUCGAGACGGCCAUCAACCUGGCUAUCCCCGGCCUCAUGCUGCGCCGCCUCAAGAAGGGCAACCUGCCCAUCCGCUCCAUCAUCCCCAACCACGAGGACAAGGAGCGCUUCGCCAAGCGCUGCAAAGCGGCCACCGUGCUGCUCUACGACGAGGCCACGGCCGACUGGCAGGCGGAGCCCGGCGCGCCCAGCUCGGUGCUCGGCCUCCUGCUGCAGAAGCUGCGCGACGACGGCUGCCAGGCCUAUUACCUCAAAGGUGGCUUCAACAAGUUUCAGACCGAGUACUCGGAACACUGUGAGACCAGCCUGGAUAGUUCAUCUCCCAGCAACUCUCCCCCAUCCUCAGUCCUGGGCCUGGGCGGCCUUCGAAUCAGCUCCGACUGCUCGGAUGGAGAGUCUGACCGAGAGCCGGGCAGUGCCACCGAGUCAGACGGCAGCCCCCUCCCCUCCAACCAGCCGGCCUUCCCUGUCCAGAUCCUGCCCUACUUGUAUUUGGGUUGUGCCAAGGACUCCACCAACCUGGAUGUCCUGGGGAAGUAUGGGAUCAAAUACAUCCUGAAUGUGACGCCCAACUUGCCCAACAUGUUUGAGCACGGAGGGGAGUUCAAGUACAAACAGAUCCCCAUCUCCGAUCACUGGAGUCAGAAUCUCUCCCAGUUCUUUCCUGAAGCCAUCACAUUCAUUGAUGAGGCUCGCUCCAACAAGUGUGGGAUCCUGGUGCACUGUCUGGCAGGUAUCAGCCGCUCUGUCACCGUCACAGUGGCUUACCUGAUGCAGAAACUGAACCUGUCUCUGAAUGACGCCUAUGACUUUGUAAAGAGGAAAAAGUCCAACAUCUCUCCAAACUUCAAUUUCAUGGGGCAGCUGCUGGACUUUGAGAGGACCCUGGGCCUCAGCAGCCCCUGUGACAAUCGCGUCCCUAGUGAGCAGCUGUACUUUACAACCCCCACCAAUCACAACCUCUUCCAGCUCAACACCCUUGAGUCCACAUGAGGCCGGGGCCCCCAUGGGUGGGGGGCGUGCAUUUGGAUUCUGACAAAGGACCUGGAGCUUCCAGCAUUUCACAGAACAAAACACACCACGUGACGUGGGCCACUCCUCGGGCCCUUCCUCUACGGGCCACAACCUUAAGAGCACUUGCUUCCCCUAAGCCACGGAAGGUCCGUUUGCUGCUGUUUAAGAAGGAAGAGAAAACUAUUCUGAGUCAGGAGCUACUUUGACCAUCCUGAUGUCUGGCGGUGAUCGGGAGGGCAGUCGCCACAGGUGCCUUCUGCCUCCUCUGCAGUGGUCACUAGGGGGAAGCCCUUGGGGGAAGCCUGGACACAUACCUAUCAGCAGGCAAGCUGGGAAGAACCUUCCCGAAGAACCCCAAGAUCAUGGUGGCAUUUGUUUCCUUAUCUUUUUUUUUUUUUUCAAGAUACAAGCUUGAGUUUACUCUUUUGUCAGGGGUGGGGGGUGGGGGAGGGGGUCAAGUAAAGCCAAGCUCUCUGGAGUACAGAGCAUUCAAACUCAUUUUAAAAGAAAAAAGGCAUGUGAUUUUCUGACCAUAUGUACAGACAAGGGCGGGCUGUGGAAAAACCAGUAUUUUCUCAUGUUCCUCUGGAAGAGAGAGAAGAUUGUUCAGUUUUUGUUUUGCAUUUUUUAAAGGAAAAAUAUCCAAUGUCUCGAUUGACCAAAUGCAUUUUGCACAUUUGUGAAGCCUUGGGGUAUUGUCCUGAUAUGUUUGGGUCCUCCUAUGAGAGGCUGCGCAGCUGCUGGCUUUUAAGAGGAAAUGAUGAGGGUCAGAAAGGCCGAUGCCCAUUUGUAAAUCUUUUCCCUUCUCCCUUUGACUUCCUUCUUCUCUGCCACCCCUGACUCUGCACUGAAUUGAUGGAGAGGACUCUUAAGCUACAAAUUGCUUCUGGGUUACCUUCGGGUUUGGGGUUUUUUUUAAUCUGCCUCCUUUCCUCGUUCAUUCUUCAAAGACAUCCUACCUAGAGUGGCUGAGGACAGUGACUGUGGGGGGCAGUGCAUCCAGGGAGGGCGUUAACCCUCUGCUCUGACCCAGAAUCCUCUGCUGGGAAAGAGGGACUCCAGUCACUGCCAUGGAUGACCUGACAUGAACUCACUCCCCUUUGGUUUGGCCUGGGUGGGGGGCUGGGGUGGACUUUACUUCUGGAGUUUCUCUCUUACACCUCUCUGUCAUUUUCCCAAAACCAGCAACCUCCGGAUCUCAGGCAGACUCCCACUGCCUGGCUGGAUCACCUCCUGUCCGGCCAUGCCUUCUACAAAAACUUGAUUCUGUUUUCGCCUGGUGUCGAAAAAAGGGAGAGGGGGCUGGAGAGGCAGCUGGAGGAGUGGGAGGGAAGGACAGUGGUAUCCAUGGGGGGUGGCGGGUGGGGAUGGGGAUAGGGAGCCUCCUUUUUGUAGAUGCUUUUGGGCUUGAGGAGGGUACAAGGUGAGAGUAGGAGGAAGAGUAUGGGAGCCUUGGAGGGAAUGGAGAAUGUGUUCACUGCAUCUUACCUCAUUGAGGGUUUUAUUUUCAGGGAAUUUUGGGGCCAUGAAUUAUAAAAACAUGUCAUGGCUGAGAGAGCUGACCAAACAGCUUCCUGGGCUGUGGAUGGUUCUUUUUUUUAUUUUCAUUUUUAAUUCUUUUAUUU